AGAAAUGCGACGGGACGUCAUAACGAGGCGCCAAGACGCUGACCUUUUUAAUGUUUCGGUGGUUGCAAAUACGAGCAUUUUUGAAUCUUCAACCGUGUUUUUUUUUCAUGUUUUGCUGAGUUCAUGCCGAAAGAGUCUUGUCAUAGGCAGCCGGGGCAUAUGAAGGUGUUGGUUUUGUUUUUGUAAAGCUCCGAAGCUGAAGCCGGAAGUGGAGGCGGGCAGUCGGUGUGCUGCGGUGCUGACGGUUUUGGAGAAUUUAUUAGACGUAAAAUCUAAUUUAACACUCACGAACAGUCCGCGCAGGAGUCAUGUUGCAGUUUUUGGUCGGUUUUACUCUAGGGAAUGUGGUUGGGAUGUACCUUGCACAGAACUACGAGGUCCCUAACGUCGCCAAGAAGAUCGAGCAGUUCAAGAGAGACGUAGAAGCCAAGAAGAAGCCCAAAGAGCCAUGAGCAAAGAGAGGAAGCCCGACUGGAGCUCGGGACAGAGUGGGGGUGGAGAGCAGCAGAGGGGCGUCAUCUGGGCGAAAGCAAAACAGCACCUCAAAUAUUUCCCGUGUGUGUGUAGAAAUCAGUUGUCAGCUAUUGCCCCCACCCGGCAUUAAUUUUGGACCCUUUCAACCCAUGGUAAAAUGAAACGGACGACGUGUUAAAAAGGCGUCGGGGAGGAAAAAAUACUUUUUUUUGUAGAAGGCUAUACAGGACCAGUCCCGUCACCCUUCGAUUGAACGCGGCUCGCCGGCAGAGCUUCGUAUAUUCAGAGCACAUAGAAAUUGGUUGUCGGUUUAUGUCCCAUCUGAUGCUUUGUGGGAAUCGCAGUGCCUCCCUGAUCCCUUCUAGGCUGUGAAAAAUGUGUUUCUGUGGGCUGUCGGUGGGCUUGGUCUUGUACACCCGCGGGCGAGGAGAAUCACUUUUGCGCAGGGCGGUCGUGUGCCACCUACAGACCGAUGGAUGCAGAAACGUCAGCAGUAUUCCUUCUGGUUGAGUGCCGGAUCUGCCCCAGCCUGCUGAAUGUUUGCCGUGGCAGAUUGUGGAGUGCCAGGCGGACAGUUGGCACAAGCCAUGGGUGAAGACACUUGCAACAGGCUGAGGCUGAAUUGGAUAGCACCGCCGUGCAGGGUGGCUGUGGUCGGCCGUGGUCUCUCGACGUUGGCACCGCUGAAAUGAGUAGGUUUCGGGGUUUUGAGAAUUAGUUCUAAGAGGAGCCGGAAAUGGCCACCCUUUUCUGUUCAGGAGCAGGGCGGGGUGACUCUGGCGAGAUCUGGGGGGGGGCGGGGGGGCGAUAAAAGCGAAUCAGAUUGAAAUUCCAGACAAUCGGUGAAGUUAAUGCUUCACGUCUUUCACACGUGUUUAGAGAGGUGCUGUCCAUUCAGUGUUCUCCAGACUUUCUUCCGGAAGCGUAAUGAGCUGUUCAUGUUCUUGGCAUAAUAAAGCUGGAUUUUCAAGC